AUGAGUGAUUUUGAAAACACAUCUUUAAUUUCUUUUAUUUGGAAUGUUUUCACACAAGGGUCAGAAAGUAUUCUGCAUAUGCUUAAUAAUCCUAAUGUUCUGAGUUAUAAUGGAGAAAUGCACGGAUACCAACCAAAUUUAUGGAAUUUCUUAUAUUCUCCUCAUUUAUUAUUAGCAGUUUUUAUUGCAAAAUCUUCUGAAAUAUAUGCCAGCUCAUCAUCAACGAAUUUAAAAACACCUGUAUUAGAUGUAGAGUUUCAUCCACAUUUAUCUGAUACUUAUUGUGUUGUUUGCCUGGUAGAACCAAGAGUUUGUGUACUUAAACCCUGUGGCUGCUUUUCAAUAUGCGAGACGUGUCGUGAAAUGAUGGCUCAACGUAAUACAAAGUAA